CCGCCCCCGCAACGCCAAAAUGGCGCCCCGGGCCUCGCCUCCUCCCAUUUUUCACGAUCCUCGCGGCGUCCGAUUGUUCUCGCGAGAUUUCGGGCCCACUAUUAGCUGGGUCGCGGGGAAGGCCUUCCUUUCCUUCCGCGUGGUUGUUGAGAACUCUGAAGCAAACAAGUGGUGAAUACAAUUUGGAGAGGACUUGGGAGAAUAAGUAACGAAUUUUCUCAACCUAUAAUGGCAUCUAAUUCAGCUGUAGAAAUUGACAAUGAAAGUGAUAAUUCUUCUGGUAGCAGCUUAUUUAAGACUCAGUGUGUCCCUUACUCACCAAAACAGGGGCAAAGAAACCCUAUUAGAAAGUUUGUUCGUUCAUCUGGAGGUGUUGAAGCAAGGGAUUCAUCUAGUGACUCCUCUUUUGAACCAAGACCACUGACUUUAAAAGCUAUUUUUGAAAGAUUCAAAAAAAAGAAACGUAAAAAGAGGAAAUAUAAGCCAAAAGAAAGACCAAGGGGAAGACCAGAAGGAAGAAAAACCACUAGACGCUCCCAAAUAAAUAAGAAACAAGUUAAAGACAAAGGAUCUGGGUUCCCAUUUUUAGAAUCUGAGAAUGUAAAAAAGCCAUUACCAUGGAGAAAGAUUUUAAGCUUUGAGCAAGCGGUGGCAAGAGGAUUUUUCAACUACCUUGAAAAAUUGAAGUAUGAAUACUAUCUCAAGGAAUCCUUGAAACAAAUGAAUGUUGGUGAAGAUUUAGAAAGGGAAGAUUUUGACAGUCGUAGAUACAAAUACUUGGAUGAUGAUGGAUCUCUCUCUCCUAUUGAAGAGUCAGAAACAGUGGAAGAGGCUGCAACAACUCUUGAACAUGAUGAUGGAUGUGAUAUCAAAUUGGUGGACAAUAAUGAAUUCAUAGUAAGUUCUGAAAUACCAAAGAAAAUGAAUCUGUAUUUAGGACAAGAGGAAUAUACUGAAGAAGCUGCUUCGUCUAAAAAGAGAGCAUCAAAAUCCAAAAACAUGGGACAGAGGAUAGAAUGGUCUGAAAAGGAAGAGAUAGGAAUAUGAAUAUUAAGGCUUUUCACUUGAAAACAGUGUCUGGACUUAAAGGUAUUGGCGUAUCCCAACAAUCUGUACAGUUCUAGGGUGUGAUAGUUUAGGGGUGAAUACGAUUUGAACUCAUUCAUGUUUAGAGGAUGUUUGAGAACCAGGAAGAUCAUUUAUCUAUUUAGACCCUAAAUGGGGCUCUAAAGAAAUUGGACCUCAAAGAUUACAGUGGGGAGUUUUUGAAGUAUGUCCAUAUUCAAGUGGAGAUCCGAGAAGACCUCUGGACAGUGACAGCUGUGGAUUGAACAAAAGUUUGUUUUAAAAGUGCUAUUUUGAAGAUCAUCACUCUGGCUUUGGUGGAACUAUGGUGAUUGGCGGCAGAAGGAAUCACAUGUCAAAUAUCUUAAAUAAAAAUUUUAUUAACUUUGUCAAA